AUGCAGAGGAACCUCUCCACAGAUGGGAUCUGCACCGUGGGCUGUGUGCCAACUGGAGGUGUGCCUGAUGCUGCACAGCCUGGGUUCCCAGCAUCUGAAGGAAGGGGAGCCGGGCGGGCAGCGUCUCACCUGCCGGAGGCGGGCCCGCCGGAAGGACAGCGGGAGGUGGGGAGCGGAGCCAGUGCCCGGGCACUGCUGUGCGCGCUUGCUGAGGCGCUGCGGGUGCCGGGGAUCCUGUCCCUGCCACCGAGAGCUGCCCUGGGGUCAGGCAUCGGCGUGCGCUGGGCUGCGCCCACAUCGCGUGCUGCUUUGAAGAACACAAGCCGUGGUUAUGCAUCCCAGCGGACUUUGAAUGAAGUGGUGAUAGCAAGUGCUGUAAGGACACCAAUUGGAUCUUUCCAAGGAUCUCUUUCGUCACUGCCAGCUACUAAACUUGGUUCCAUUGCAAUUAAGGGAGCAAUUGACAGAGCAGGCAUCCCUGCAGAAGAAGUGAAAGAAGCAUAUAUGGGCAAUGUCUUGCAGGCUGGACAAGGACAAGCUCCGACAAGACAGGCAGUCUUGGGUGCAGGUCUACCCAUCGGCACUCCUUGUACAACUAUCAAUAAAGUCUGUGCUUCAGGAAUGAAAUCUAUCAUGCUGGCAGCACAAAGCCUGAUGUGUGGUAGUCAGGAUGUAAUGAUUGCUGGUGGAAUGGAGAGCAUGUCUAAUGUUCCCUAUACAAUGAGCAGAGGAUCAACACCUUAUGGAGGAGUAAAGCUGGAAGACCUGAUAGUAAAAGAUGGGCUUACAGAUGCUUAUAACCAUAUCCAUAUGGGAAACUGUGCUGAGAAUACUGCGAAGAAGUUCACCAUUUCACGAGAGGAGCAGGACACUUAUGCCAUAGGCUCUUACACUAAGAGCAAGACAGCCUGGGAGUCAGGGGUACUGAAAAAUGAAAUAGUCCCUGUCACUAUUUCAAAAAAAGGAAAGCCAGAUGUAGAAGUGAAAGAAGAUGAAGAAUACAAACGUGUUGAUUUUAGUAAAGUUCCAAAGCUGAAAGCUGUUUUCCAAAAAGAAAAUGGGACAGUGACAGCUGCUAAUGCCAGUACUCUGAAUGAUGGAGCAGCUGCUUUGGUGCUGAUGACCACAGAGGCAGCCAGGAGACUGAAAGUCAAGCCUUUGGCAAGGAUAGUAGCUUUUGCAGAUGCUGCUGUUGAUCCCAUUGACUUCCCAAUUGCACCUGCAUAUGCUGUUCCCAAGAUUCUGAGUGAGACGGGCUUAAAAAAAGAAGAUAUUACCAUGUGGGAAAUCAACGAAGCAUUCAGUGUUGUGGUGCUAGCCAAUGUUAAGAUGCUGGGUAUUGAUCCACAAAAAGUGAAUAUUAAUGGAGGUGCUGUAUCUCUUGGGCAUCCAAUAGGAAUGUCUGGAGCAAGAAUUGUUGUUCACAUGGCCCAUGCAUUGAAACAAGGACAAUAUGGUCUAGCAGGAAUUUGCAAUGGAGGAGGAGGAGCUUCUGCAAUAUUAAUAGAGAAGUUGUAGUCCCACAUAGCUUUGGGA